ACUUCUGACUUUUUUUUACUGUGAGAUUUCCACACUGUUUACUUUGACAAAUUAAACUUUUUUUCCUUUUGAAUUUUUUCCUUUCUUCAUCUAACUCAAUUUUAUCUGUUGCAUUAGUUUGGCCGCUGAACUACCCGACUACCGGGUGCCGAGAAGCGCCUCCUCCUCCAUCUUCAUUCUUGCACUACGAUUAUGCUCGCUCAACAUGACACAUUUAAAUGGACUUAUAAAUUGAAACGCGAUCUUGCUCAGGCCAACUGCAUCAGUGUGUGACUGAGAUGCUCUGAGUCAAAGUUUGCAUCACGUCGAGGGCUUUCCUGAGAAUUACUCUCCAAACAUUGCAAUGGCUUCCAAUAUAAUUGUGGAAUAUCAAAUCUCUCAUAAAUUCACUGUGACUGUCGUUCGUGCUGAAAGUGUUACCAAAGGAGCACUUGGUGACCUGCUGGAUACUCCAGAUCCAUAUGUGGAGCUGUUCAUCCCAACCGCUCCGGAGAGCAGGAAGAGGACGAAGCACAUAGACAACAACAUCAACCCAAAGUGGAAUGAGACUUUUCAUUUCAUUUUAGACCCCGGCCAGCCAAAUGUGUUGGAGCUGACAUUAAUGGAUGCCAACUAUGUCAUGGACGAGACACUUGGGACGGCGUCCUUUGACAUCACCAAGCUCAAAGUGGGCCAGAAAAAGCUGGAAAUUUUCAAAUUUGGAAAAGCAACCAAAGUACACUUGGAGAUGAUGUUGGAAAUCUGCACAAACCAGGACCUGAGGUUCAGCCUGGCCUUGUGUGACAAAGAGAAGGAGUUUCGACACACCCGCAGAGAAAGAGUGAUGCUCGGCAUUAAAAAGCUCCUCGACAUGGAGAAGCCUUGCUUCCUCCCCAGCGCUCCGCACGAGGUUCCAGUGAUAGCCAUUGCAGGUUCAGGUGGAGGUUUUCGUGCAAUGGUCGGGUUUUCUGGAGUGAUGAAGGCCCUGUUUGAGUCUGGGGUCUUAGACUGUGCCACGUAUGUUGCAGGCCUCUCUGGGUCCACAUGGUAUAUGUCUACUCUCUACUCCCACCCCGACUUUCCAAACAAGGGUCCGAAAGACAUCAACAGCGAGCUGAUGAAAAGAGUCAGCAGCAAUCCUCUCAGGCUGCUGCUGCCUCAGCACAUCACCAACUACAUCCAGGCCCUGUGGACCAAAAAAGCAUCAGGGCAGCCAGUUACGUUUACUGACGUAUUCGGCAUGCUCAUAGGAGAAACUCUUAUACCUGCGAGGAUGGAUAUCAAGCUAAGUGACAUCCAGGAGAAAAUAAACCAGUCCCAGAGCCCUCUACCUCUCUUCACAUGUCUACACGUCAAACCAGAUGUUUCAGAGCUCAUGUUUGCAGAUUGGGUUGAGUUCAGCCCGUAUGAAAUAGGAAUGGCAAAGUAUGGUACCUUCAUGACGCCCGACCUGUUUGGAAGCAAGUUCUUCAUGGGAACAGUUGUGAAGAAGUACGAAGAGAACCCUCUUCACUUCCUGAUGGGCGUGUGGGGAAGUGCCUUCUCCAUUCUGUUCAACCGAGUGCUGGGAGUCAAGGACACAGCCGGAGGCAGCACCAUGGAGGAGGAGUUAGAGCAGAUCAAACCCCAGCACAUUGUUGGAGAAGACAGCCUGGACAAUGACGAUGAACCCAGAAAAGGUGGAACAGAAAACCAAGAUGCAGAGGAGGAGUACAGCCGCACCGCUCAGGCCAGCUGGGUUCAGAGAAUGUUCACCUCGCUCUUUAGUGACUCUGCCCUGUUCAACACAAGAGAGGGUCGAGCUGGAAAGGUGCAUAACUUCAUGCUGGGCCUGAACCUGAACACCAGCGUCCCCUUCUCUCCUCUAACGGACGUACAAUAUACUGUGCUUACACCUGAAGACGAAGUGGAUGCUGUAACAGACCCCGAUGAGUUUGACCGUAUUUACGAACCUCUGGACGUGAAGAGUAAGAAGAUCCAUGUGGUAGACAGCGGCCUGACCUACAACCUCCCCUACCCGCUCAUUCUACGGCCGCAACGCGGCGUUGACCUCAUCAUCUCAUUUGAUUUUUCUGCUCGACCGAGCGACUCCAGCCCCCCAUUCAAGGAGCUGCUGUUAGCAGAAAAGUGGGCCAGAAUGAACAAGCUCCAGUUCCCUAAGAUUGACCCAAAAGUGUUCGAUCGCGAGGGUCUGAAGGAAUGCUACGUCUUCAAACCCAGGAAGGGGGAAAAGAAUUGCCCGACUGUGAUCCACUUUGUCCUGGUCAACAUUAACUUCAGGAAAUUCAAGGCGCCUGGGGUUCCUAGAGAGACAGAAAAGGAGAAGGAGUUGGCUGAUUUCGACAUCUUUGAUGACCCGGAGUCGCCGUUUUCAACUUUCAACUUCCAGUACUCCAACGAGGCUUUCACCCGACUCCAUGACCUGAUGGAGUUCAACACCCUCAACAACCUCGAGGUUAUUAAAGAGGCCAUCAAGGAGUGCAUUGUGAAACGGAAGGAGAUGCCCUCAAGCCACUCCCUUCCCUUCUCCCUCAGCAGCAUCCCUAAAAAGAAGUUUUUCAAAAGAGAUCCCGAUUCAAAACCCUGGAAUCACCUGGAAAAGGAUGGGCAGUAGUUCCAGGAUAAGACUUUGAAUAAAGAGACUUCUUCUAGUUUUGGUGAUUUUGCCUUAAAGUUAAGUGUUUAACUUUAGGAAAAUGCUCCUGUCCUGAUCUGCAGGACGACUUGAUGUGAUUCAGAGAUAAGACCUGAGAAAAAUGACGUUUUGUGUGGAAAAUCUCUGAUGAAAAUCUUGGGAUUGGACUCCAUUGCAACAGCAUUCUCAUCUGGUUUUAUGUUCACAUGUGAUUUCUGGAAAAACACAAACAGCCGAUAAUUAUUUGACACCCCAAUGCAAUUUCAUGGCUUCAGCUGCAGUCAACACAGUGUUGUUAGGGAGACCUUUUCGUUCGCCCAAACCCUGUCGCUUUUUUAUUUUUUGACUCGUCUUUGUCAAAGCUUUUUACUCAUCUGAUUUUUCUCCCUAUGAAAACAUUCCCAAUAGUUUUGGACGCGUCUCUUUGAGCUUCAUUUGCAUCUUCAUUUGCAGAGAAAUAUUUUGGCAUCCUGUUGCUCAUAAAUUCUACUGUCAAAUUACCUUAAGAAUCCUCAUUUGUGGUUUGCCGUUUUUGUGGGCUGACCUUUUUUCAAACUGAAUGUGUGGCUGUAGAGCAUGCACUUUUUAAAAAUAUUUUUUUCCAUUAUAUCGCCUGUCUUAACUUGUAAUCUUGUUUAAAGACUUGGAUGGGGGAGCUCAUAACUACUGUUUGUGUGUGAUGGUAGCUCCUAAACACGCAACCUGCACCCCCUCUGGAUAUUUUAAACAUCUUAAGGAUGUUUACCCACCUACGUAGCAGGAGCACUCCCUGCUGCCCGGAAGGGAGUGCCAAAUUAAAGCUAUCAUUUUGGAAAAAACAAAACGCAUUACCAUAGCAACAGCUCUUCACUCUCUUCCUUUAACAUUUGUGUUUUAGCACCCGUGUAAAUAUCUGGUUAUUCACCUGACCAGUUUGGUUCAAAAUGCAAACUUUUCUUGACUAUCACUUGCUCCAAAAAAA